CUGGCUGAAGCUGACACCCGGGGUCAGCAAACAGCGAAGGUUCGCUGUGAAUGUGUGAAACAGAGGAAGGAGAACAUGCGGCAGUCAUCAAAUGACCGAGUUCCAGUUACUCUAUUUUGUGUUGAAAGAAUAUUUUACAGCAGAAGAGAUGAUCCUGACAUUGCAGCUCACUUGACACAUGGCAUAGAGCCAUGUUCUUCACUUAGUGCAGCUUCACUGAGAAAUCCACUUCCUAAACCCAAUUUUCAACAAAACAUACAAGACAAAAAAGUCUACUUCAGCAAUCAUCAAGCAUCCUUGGACAGAUCACAUGAUCAAUCUUCUAUCUUACCUAAGGGCUUCCAUAUAAUUAAUACUACAUUUGGAAAAAAAGUCAUCCAAGAUGUCUUAGCUGGAGAGCUUAUAAAUCCACCAAAAAGUUUUGAGGAAGUGGAUAAAGAAUCCAAAGAAGGACAUGAUCCGUACAUUUUGUCACAUAAUGAUUGUUAUGUGGGAUCCAAACAGAGUUUCAGGGCAGCUAUACUUUGUGAUAGGGAGCUCAGCAUGAGGCUCUGUGAUGAUUUCAAGGAAAAAUUUCAACCUCAGCUUGGAAAAGUCCUUGAUCAUAUAGCAGAAACUAUCAAUGUUCCCUCAGGCUGUACUUUUGGAAUGUUACUCCGUCCAGAUGAAUAUGGGGUUGGCGAUCUUCACUGUUGUGUUCCAUGUGAGUUCCUCUCUGGUAGAGACAGAGAGAGAGCUGUCUUGACUGCAGCUCAGCAAAGUGUGAAGAAAGCUAACUAUGAGAGUUUUGACGUGUUACUAGAGGCAUUCAGGCAUUAUGAUAAGAGUGGUGAUGAAAUGAUAGACAAGGAUGUCCUGUGCAAGUCCUGUUUUCACCUUAAUAUGAAUCUGGAGUAUGAGCUCCUGGAUUCUUUGUUUGACUGUUAUGAUUUGGACAAAGAUGGUCUGAUUAAUUAUCUGAAGUUGGCAAACUUUCUGAAUUGGAAAGACAAAAUGGCUAUUAAAGAGUUUGAAGAAAAAAUAAUUUAUAAUGUGUUGACAAACGAUGAGCCACUGCUGAAGCAGGGACAUCUUGUGUUAAAAGAACCAGGAAGCUCAGAAAAGACACCCAAAACACUUACAAGAUGAACAGAUCAUGUAUUUGGAAAUUAUCAGACAAUUUAUUCUCAGUAUAAUGCUGUAGUCGGUGGUCUCCCAACAGCCUGUUAUCCUGUGUGUGGUGUUUCGAUUAAUCGUUCAGAUAUUCCUGCUUCUCAAAUUUGCCGCAUCAGUGACAGAACUAAUUAUGGCGAUGAGGCCAAUGCUUAUGCAUUAUCGUUCCCCUCUGUCUUCAGUGAAGAGGGAGUGGUAAAAAGAGACUUUUUAAAAACAAAACCAAAGGCAAAG